AUGGCAUAUGCUGCUUUCAAGAACUAUGGCUUCCCGAAAAGGACCGGAUAUUCCAUUUCGCAUUGGCUGCAAUCUGUGGAAGGCGAUCCUCUUCUCGAGCAUCGAACAACAUCUGAACUACCCCAAUCAGCAGAUGUAGUGAUCAUUGGAUCUGGAAUGUCCGGAACAACAAUCGCCAAAAACAUUCUAGAUACCUGGCCGGAAAGAAAAAUAGUCGUCCUUGAGGCUCGUCUAUUUUGCUCCGGUGCCACUGGUAGAAAUGCCGGCCAUUGUAAACCUGAUCAGUGGCGGGGAUUUGUGAACUAUGAGAAAGAUUUCGGCACUGAGCAGGCUCUAAAGAUCCUGUACAAUGAACAACAAACAUGGACUGAAGUAGUACGCUACAUUAAUGAAAACAACGUUGACUGCGAGCUUUGGACCGGCGAUACACUCGAUGUUCCACUUGAUUCUUGGGCUGCAGAACUUGCUAAGGAAACCUUUGAGCGAUAUAAGGCAGCCGGGGGCAAAGUUGACCAUAUUAAGGUUACUCAAGACCCUGAGGAGGCAGCAAAGAUAUCGCAAAUCAAAGAUGCACAAGCAUGUUACGCCUGGCCAGGAUCAACACUUCACCCAUGGAAAUUUGCAGCACAUGUUAUGCGUGACAAUAUCAUGAGAGGCGUGAACCUCCAAACAAACACCCGAGCUACUGCUAUUAUCCGUUCCGAAAAGAAUAAACACAAGUGGGUUGUGAAAACUGAACGUGGCGACGUCGAGUGUUUGAAAGUCGUUCACGCAUCCAAUGCUUAUAGUUCUGCACUUGAACCAUCACUCCGCGGUCUAAUUACACCAUGUCCUCAUAUGUGCAAUAAAGUCGUUCCACCCAAAGAGAGUGAAGGCUUUUCGGAGUUGAAGGGCUCUUAUGGCGUCCUCAUUGGUAAAGAGAAUUUGAUUACUAUCAAUCCUCGUCUCAAUGGAGACGGGGCGGUUCUAUUCGGCGGCAGUAAUCCUGGUCAAAAUGAUCUGUUGAAAUGGCUUGAGAAUAAUUCGAAUCGACGCACCGACGACGGUAUGACUGGAUUUGACUCAAUCUCUAAAGCUGUUCAGGAGUUUGCCGUAAAAGAACUGAAAGGAUGGUCAACAGAUGAUAUGAUGAGGAGGGAAGAGACGUACAAGCAUGCCUGGAGCGGUAUUCUUGGACUUAGCGCAGAUGGGCUUCCAUUCGUCGGGCAAUUACCUGGACUCCCAGGCCAGUGGGUUUGUGCUGGGCAUCACGGACAUGGCAUGGCGCGUAUCUUCACAGCAUCAUCGGGCUUGGUUAAAUUGAUGGGGGGCAGUCCUUGGUCUGACACGAAGCUGCCUGAGGUAUUCCAAAUCACUGCAGCAAGGGCUGAAGCACUGAAAGAGGGCUUGAGAAAAUCAUCUGCAGUUCAGGCCCGUAUCUAA